CUUCCGAGCAAUCCAACCCUAGUUUUUUUUUAUUUUUUUAUCCUCCCCGUCCCUUCGCUCUCCAACAAUCAAUCUCCUCCGGAACCCACAUUUCUCCUUUGCGACAGAUUGCGGAAUUGCUCGCAUCGGCCGGUAGGUGUUAUAUGCCCGCUGCCUUUCCUCCGUGGCUCCCUAAUCUCUACUGUCGACUGCCGUCCCGGCCUGGCUUUCAUCCUUACCGACAGCGCCGGUCUCCUUAAUCGAGGAAUUAGGAGGGAAGAAAGAGAAGCUCCGUAGCUUACAGACUCGCUGCGAUCUAGCCCAAAGCAUCACCUGAGAGGAAGGGAAAAAAAGAGAGAAAAUAACGUCUACGAAAAAUAUCACCCACCAGCUGUGCUAUAGAGGAAUAAUUACGAAGGAGGAGGUCAGAUUUGAGGGGAAAACUUAAUCGCACGGUGUUUUCAAUAGACUGGUUUCGGUGCUUGAUAUUUUGAGGUCACGUUUGGUUGCCGCACUAGCACUUUCGACAUCGAUACGAAAUCUGUGGCCACACCAUCGCAACGGCUGCAGAGAGGUUUUCCUCGGCCUUUUUUACGCUCCAACUAGAAAUACCAAAGAGCAAGCCUCUCCGACUGGCGGGCCCACAUCAUUGGUAGGCCUGAGACCUUCCCCUCCCCUUUCUUUUUUAGUCACCAUUGGACGGUCCCGGUCGGUAGAGCCUCCGUGCUAACUUUUUCGACGGAACUUUUGUAGACAUAAUUCCUAAUGUCGUCGUCUUCCGAGAUCAACAUGAACCAUCUCGCUCCACAACACGUCUCAGGUCCCUCCACCGGGGCCAACACAGCAAACACAUCUCCUACUGAUUCGGCGUCAGGCAGUUCUUUACGGGCUAGCUAUAAUCCGAACGGUGUCAUGAACAGUGCUGGUGGCUCCGCCAGUAAUGUGAGAAUGGGGGCUGGUUCCCCAUCUUACGAUGCUUCGGGCAGCAGCAGGCUCUUCUCUAAAAGGUUAGUUUACUCAUUGUAUUCUGAGUCUUUCAAACUGUCGCUUGUCGGGUAAGGCUAAAUGGGAGUUUGGUCGUUUCGGCAGAGCCCGUGAGAUCCAGGCGGAAGAGGGUGUUGCACCACCGGGUCUAUGGGGGAUGUCAUCCUCGAAUCAAUCGUCGUCCUCUCUGAGAGACCGUGAGAGUAUAGUCCAGGAGAUGAACCCUAUCAACAGCUACCAGGAAUCACCCGCUAUACAAAGCGAUUAUACCUCCCCUGUCCGCCGAGCUCGUGCGGGAACCGUUCCAUCUAGAUUUUCUCCUGGCGGUUUCACUACUACCCCAACCAUUAUUCCUGGCAUCCCUUCCACAAGCCGCCCUUCCCCGGCACCUUCCCCAUUUAAAUCCAACUCGCCACAGAAUGUUGAGAUGGCGGACAAUGGUCCGGUAUCGGUCAAUCAGUCAUCGUCGUCUGUGGCUUCGAGAUUGAGAUCCGGAUCUCUGAACCUCCCCCCCCGUGCCAACUAUGUGAGCCCAUUUGGGCCAUCAAUCUUUGCGAGUUCUUGGACCCCCGGCCGCCCUACCGUGGGUGGGAACAACGGACUCCCCUCAUCACCCGCACAUUCGUCCUUCUCGAAGGAUGAUGAAGGAACUCAUAUGGCACCAAAGACCUUAGAUUACCUUGGACUUGUGGAUAGCCCCCAAGCAGCCCGUGCUACGUUGGCUAAGCCGAUGGGCCUGGAUACUCUUAUUGAAGGACAAAGGGCAGCGGCUUUGCAGCCAUUCAUCUCCGAGCUUGUCGGUAUCCAAAGGUCGAAUAGGAUCCGCUCAUACUCUGUCAACGCCAAAGAAAAGUACGCUGAGGAUGAAGAGGAGGAGGAAGAGGAGGAACAACGUCACCUCUACUCUGGACAACAAAGUGGCAAUGCAACGCCCUCAUCCCAAGCUAAUCUGGCUGCCCAGGCAGCUCUCCACUCCCUCAGCGUAGCCUACUCCCCAAGCCGCCCCAGAGCCAGGACUGCCGGGGUCCUAGAUUCGCCCCCAGUCAAUCGGCUAAAGUCUUAUUUGGCCACACCAUCAAGAUUGGAUUCGAUGACCAGUGCCUCUGAUAUUGGUCGUGAUUACUUUGAUUUAGGAAAUAGUUCUGAUCAUACUUUGAAGCUUGGUAACAUGCAUCCUAGACCGUCAAGUGGAGAGGGAGGGUUAGCUUCGAUCGAAGAGUCUUCCCUGGAAGGGCCCACACGUUCACUCUGGCUCGGAAAUAUUCCUGCAUCAACUACUACGACAUCACUUGUUCACAUCUUCCAGGGCUUCGGUAAUGUUGAGUCUGCUCGCGUUCUUACCCACAAGAACUGUGGGUUUGUCAACUUUAAUAGCAUCGACUCUGCGGUCCAGGCACGAAGCAGCCUCAACGGAAAGGAGAUUUUUCCUGGCGCCGGCCCGGUGAGAAUCGGGUUUGCGAAGCCAUCCUCAGCCGGAAGCAAUGGUACUCCCACGCCAAACGGUGGUGCUUAUGGUUCCCCGAGUCCCGGGCCUCAAGGUGAUUCCGCACCCUCUGCGGUCGGAGAUGGUGCUCUGUCUCGUGAUGCAAACGGUCCUGCUGCUAAUGGAAGCGAUACCCGCGACAGUGCCGCGGCACUCAAAUUGCCUGAUCUGGUUGACAUGAGGGAGGAUAUCGUCAGGAUUGUACAGGAAUUUGGCGCGGAGCAUGGGGAUGCUUUGAUGGUGGGGAACAACAUUGAUAAGGCCGUUGAAUACCAGAGUUUUGAGCCUGAAAUCCCACCAAUCCCGGAGCCAACCCACAAUCGCAUUCAUGAUGCGCCCAAAUUGCGUGAUAUCAGGAAACGGAUUGAUAAUGGAAAUUGCUCACAAACUGAAAUUGAGGAGAUCGCAAUGGCCAUGUUGGAUGAGAUUGCCGAACUCUCUAGCGGUACGUUUCCCGAUAUCCCGAAAUUUCAUAAAUUGAAAACUUAUGUAUAUCAGAUUACCUUGGAAACACUGUUGUGCAGAAGCUCUUUGAAUACUGCUCCGAGGAGAUCAAGGAGGCGAUGUUGGUAGAGAUCGGUCCCCACCUUGCCGAGAUUGGAAUCCGUGAGUGCAUUUUAUCAUUCGGUCAUACACAGUUUGAUGCUUAUCCAUACGACAGACAAAAAUGGCACUUGGGCCGGACAGAAAAUCAUUGAUGUCGCCAAAACCCCUGCUCAAAUGCAGAAGAUUUGUGAUUGUCUUCGGCCCUAUACUGUUGCUCUGUUCCUCGAUCAAUAUGGAAACUACGUUCUUCAAUGUUGCCUCCGCUUCGGUGCCCCAUGGAACGACUUUAUUUUCGAGACUAUGUUGAGCCGUAUGUGGGAAAUUGCACAAGGAAGAUUCGGCGCCCGAGCAAUGAGGGCGUGUCUUGAGAGCCACCAUGCGAGCAAGGACCAGCAAAGGAUGCUUGCUGCUGCUAUCGCUUUGCAUAGCGUCCAGCUCGCUACAAAUGCGAAUGGUGCUUUGUUGCUGACUUGGUUCCUUGACACCUGCACAUUCCCUCGUCGCCGCACAGUCCUCGCACCACGCUUGGUUCCGCAUCUUGUGCAUCUUUGCACGCACAAGGUUGCUUAUCUGACCGUGCUAAAAGUUAUCAAUCAGAGGAACGAGCCAGAGGCCCGUGACACAAUACUCAAGGCCCUAUUCUUUUCGCCUGGAGACAAAGUAUUGGAAGAUAUUCUCAGCGAUCAUUCAUGUGGAGCGACUCUUAUCUUCAAGGUUCUUACCACUCCAUUCUUUGAGGAGACGAUGCGGAGCGAGGUGGCUCAGAACGUCCGGAACGUCCUACUCAAGCUUAAGGCUACUCCAUCACAGGGGUACAAGAGAUUAAUGGACGAAGUUGGCUUACCUACUCGCAACGGGGCUUCUAAUAAUACCAAUACUAGUAAUGGUCCGAAGGACCACCCGCGAGAUGGUGUCAACAAUAAUUCAAACGCCAGUAAUGAUCGCAGGGGAGUUCCUCAAAGCUCGCCCGCAAACCAUGGCCACAAUCAUCAUAAUAAUAAUCGCGAUCUUCCGCCAGUAUCGUUUUAUAAUGUUCCCCCUUCCGGUUUCGAUCCGGCCGCCUUGGCCGCUGCUGCUUCCCAGAUGCCCCAGAACGGAGGAUUUGACCCAGUUGCCUUAAGGGCAUUUGAGCAAUUAAGCCUCACUGCAGGUUCACUUUACACUACCCCUAACUCUUCCGGAAUCUCUAACCCCGCCCUUCAAUAUCAAGCCUUGCUGCAACAGUCGAUGGGACGUCCGGGGCCAAAUUUCUUGGGGAUGCCACCUCCUAUGGGAAACUAUAAUGGGGGACAAGCUUCGCAGGAUCAGUACCGCGCUAGCCACCCCGGUAGCUCACCUGUAGCCCAGCCACAGCAAAUGGCUAACAACCCGAUGCUGGGCGGUAUGGGUGGAGCACCCGGAGUCUUCAAUCCGUUGUUCAUGGCCGGAUAUUCUUAUGGCAGUGUUCCAGUAUUCCAUCCACCACAGCAGCAGGGCAACGGUUCUGGAAGUGGAAGAAGAAGUGGAAGGGUGAGUUAUUCUUAGGUUCGCAUCUUCAACCAAUUCAUGCUGAAUCAAAUCCGCGAUAGCGUUGAUACGAUCGAUCUAUCUUCUCAAAAGAAUAAACAGACGAGUACUUUAUUUUCUCUUUGCAAUCAAUCCUCAGAGGCUAUCUUCGUUACUGGCGUAGCAAAUUACAUAAAUCAUACAUUUUUAUCAAUGCAAUAAACGGGUGGGAGGCGGAGCUAUGUGUUCAUGUGACGGAGCUCUUUAUUUUUUUCAUUAACGGGAACGGUUAUUUUACGUUUUUCGGCUCUCCUGAUUUCGUUUCAUCUCACUUUCUCCUGUACCUUUCUAUAUUUAGGUUAAGAGCCGGGUUUCCAUCUCGCUUUUUAUGAUAGUUUGUUCCUAACGAUCCGAGUCCUUUUUAUUCGUGACCUUGAAGUCUGGCUCUAUCACAAUCUUUCUCUCUCCUUCGUUUUCUCGUCGUUUUCUCGCUGUUUUUUUCGUUUCCGUCUAGCCACUUCUCCCUUAGUUUUCCUAAUGGGGAAAACAUGAAAGUGCUUUCCUUUUUCCUCCUUCCGUCAUUUCGCUAUCAUGUAUCCUCGUGCCUGCUGCUCAUGUUUCCUUUCACUGUUUUUUCACUUUUUUUGCGUCGCGACGAAGUCAGGAGGAGGAGUCCUUCCCUGACAAUCACUCUUUCGUAUUUUCCUUCGGUUAUGGGAACGAAGGAAAGCUGGGAAAGGUAUUAAUUGUAGGGACUAUGCUUUCCAUUGUUGUUAAAAAUGGCGAUUUGGUUUUGGGAGGAAAAUAGGCACAAUAACGACGAGAAGAUUUCCUCAUUUACUAGCUUGAUAUUGCCUUUUUUAUUUAUUUUUUAUCUUUUAUUCUUUUAUUCUACCUUAUUUCCACUCUCCUAGCAUUUUGUUGACUGAAGGGCCAGCUGGAACGGAUGAUGAAGGAUGAAACAGGGCUCCCCCCAGUCCUUCUCUUUUUUUAAAAAAAAAAAGUUUUUUAUUUUUUAUUUUAAAGCCUUUAUUCCUGCGGUAAGGUCCAAGGAUCUAUUUUUCCGUUGCGGCCCCGUUCCGUCUUGGCCUCUGGUAUGAUACCGAUGGAAUGGAUUGGCACUAUCGUAUCACCUGUACCUAAAGUAUAGUACACGCAGUGUAUCGGCCCUAAUUGUGAUAAUGGCCUCUUCGGUGUUCCCCUAUUUAGUCUUGCCGAGGCCAAGUUCUUUUACUCGCCCCAGAUAUUACUCUUUAGACCCGUAGCCCGCUCUCCCUAGUCUGAGGUAUUUCUCCUUACCCUCCCCCUCCUCCAGCAUCCCUCUCCCGCCCAAUCGGGUUUGUCCGGUUGUCUCCGCGAGUGAGCUUUUGUGAUGGAUGUCAACUUGUGAGUUACCGACGUGUGGGGGUUUGGUAGGGGAGUUCCUUCCGGCGGUGGGAAGUUUCGCCCUACCUGUGCUUUGUACUUGCACCUGUAGGCUCACGUGUGCGGGGGGUAGGAAUUGGGCGAGGCUCUUGGUAUACCGUAAUUGGAUUGGGGGUCAAUUGUAGUAGUAGUAGUAGUAGCAGCAGCAGCAGCAGCAGCAAUAGUAGGUGAGGAGGGGGAUACGUGGUGUUCUUUGUGUCGGGUCAGGAGUUGGUUAUGUCUAGGGUCGCCACAACCACCACUCCGGCAAUUUCUUGUAAAAAAGUUGUUGUAAAGGGCAGAUUCUCCCCUCCCUCCCUUCCUGACCUUUUUUCCUUAUUUCCUUAUUUCCUUUUUCCCCCCUAGGAUUCCUUGGGUCCAUCUUUACCACUGUUGGCUUUUAUUUUCAAGCCCUUUGCCUUUUUUUUAUACAUUUUUCUUUCUUCAGGUUCGAGUAAGACCGUGUUUGCCUUGUCAUGACUACACUAGUAGAAGAGACGAAGAAGGGGCAGGAGCCCGAAAGGGCCAAGAGGACCUGGUGGAAGGAUGCUGUCGUUUACCAGAUUUACCCCUCCAGCUUCAACGAUUCCAAUGGCG